AUGGACAAUAAAGGAAAAAGAGACGAAGGCGUUGGUGAAACCACCUCCAAGGGGGAGAAGAGCGACACUGCCCUGACCCACAAUGAUUAUACCAUGGGAUGGAUCUGUGCGCUACCGAAAGAGCUUACAGCUGCGACUGCCAUGCUGGACCAGCAACAUCCGCCAUUGACGAAGCUGCCAAGUGAUAAUAACGCAUACACCCUUGGGUCAAUCAGAGACCAUAAUAUUGUGAUAACAUGUCUCCCUAAAGGCAUGAUAGGCAAUAUAUCAGCAGCAACAGUUGCUAGCUCUAUGGCAAACACAUUCCCGUUUAUCAAAGUAGGUCUUAUGGUUGGCGUUGGUGGAGGUGUUCCAUCUAAUAAAGUUCGGCUCGGCGACGUCGUUGUUAGCACAUCUACUGGCACUUCCUCGGGAGUUAUCAAGUGGGAUUCUGGCAAGGUUCAUGGGGAAGAGAAAUUUGAGCGGACAGGCUCACUGAAUAACCCACCUCAGGCGCUUCUAACAGCGUUAACGUUACUAGAAACGCAACACAAUCUGAAUGGUAGUGAGAUCCCGAAUUAUCUCGAAGAUCUGAAACAAAAGUGGCCCAAGUUAGCCUCUAAAUGUUUGCGGACUGGUUCGCUCAGAGACGUAUUGUUCAAGUCGAGUUAUAGUCACGUCCUAAAGUCUGCCCGGGAACAAGAUAAUGACGGGGACGAAGAACUGGAAGAAAACGACGAAGAGGAGGAAAGCUGCAGUCUUUGUGAUAAGAAUAUGACGGUCAAGAGGAACCCUAGGGAUAUGGUCGUUCAUUAUGGUCUUAUUGCCUCAGGUGAUAAGCUCAUUAAAGACGCUGCUUCCCGGAAUAAACUGAAUAAAGACUUAGGAGGAAAUGUCCUCUGUAUCGAAAUGGAGGCUGCAGGACUAAUGAACCAGUUCCCUUGCCUUAUUAUUCGAGGUAUAUGCGACUAUGCGGACUCACAUAAGAAUAAGGAUUGGCAAGAAUAUGCAGCUAUUAUAGCUGCAGCAUUUGCAAAAGAGCUUUUGCAGUAUGUCCAGGCGAGAGAAUUAGAAGGCGAGCGACCAUUGAAGGACUUAUUAGAGAAUGUUCAUUCCAUCGUGUCCGAAACACAACAAGAUGUUACCGAGAUUAAAGCCAGACAACAAAAAAAUGAUGAUAACUACAUUCUAGACUGGCUCACUGAGGUUAACUAUGGCCUACAACACAGCCAAUACCGAAGCCUUAGGCAACCUGGAACCGGCGGUUGGCUGCCUAAGAUGGACAAAUUUCGAGCUUGGCUAACUACAAAAAGCCAAACUCUCUUUUGCCUAGGCAUCCCAGGGGCCGGCAAAACUAUUCUAACAUCACUCGUCAUUGACGACCUUUGGUCAAGUGUCUUCGAUGAGUCGAAUAUUGGUAUAGCAUAUAUCUAUUUCAGCUUUCAGCGACAAAAAGAACAGACCCUUGAUAGGCUUCUUUUGAGCCUGCUCAAACAGCUUGCUGGAAAAUUGGCUUCCAUGCCAGAAGAAGUCGUUGAUCUCUAUCAUAAACACGAGAAAGAACUAACCCGUCCAACAUACGAAGACAUUAUCUACGUUCUAAGAAAGGUCAUUGCGAAGUAUUCGAGGGUUUUCAUUGUGGUUGAUGCUCUUGAUGAGUACAGUGUCACUGGAAGCUCACGGAAACCCUUUUUCCAAAAGCUCGAUCAGCUUCAGAGGGAAUACCAGAUCAAUAUCUUUAUGACCUCACGUUUUGACAAGUGGAUCACCUUGGAAGUUGAAGAGGCCUUCAGGAGUGUGACGAGGAUAGAGAUUGAGGCAGCUACAGAGGAUAUAGAAACGUAUGUCGAUGGAAAGGUCGACGUACUACCCCCUGCCGUGCAGGAGAACAAAGAUCUAAGAGAAGCUAUCAAAGAAGGAAUCGCAAGCUCUGCGGAAGGAAUGUUUCUUUUAGCACAGGUUUAUCUCAACUUACUAUGCUAUCAAGAUUCAGAAACCGAGAUUCGGCAUCAAUUGGCAGCUUUCGCGAGUCGGAAAGACCAAGGCGAGGAGAAGACAGAAGCACUUGCAGAUGCCUAUAGACAAACCAUGGACAGGAUCAAACAGCAGCAGCCUAAACAUGCCUUGCUUGCGAAACAGGUGCUGGGGUGGCUAUCAUAUGCCAAGAGAGAGCUCACAGUCAAGGAACUCCAGCAUGCUCUGGCAACGAGCUCACUUCACCGCGAAGCUAGUGAUGCAGACCUGCCAUAUGAUGGUAGAUUAGUCUCCGUCUGCGCUGGGCUGGUGACCAUCGACGAGAACAGGAAGAUUAUCAGACUGGUUCACUAUACAGCCCAAGAGUAUCUCAAGCAAAGGCCUGCGGAAUUGCUCCCAAUGACAGAAAGGGAUAUCACGAGAACUUGCAUCUCUUAUCUGUCCUUCAGUUCUUUCGAAGCGAGCCAUAAUCAUAAUGGAGGGUGGGCCAUCCUGAAAUCGCGUCUAAAGCGGUGGCCAUUCUAUCACUAUGCAGCAAAGCAUUGGGGCCACCACGCUCGUGAGUCUGCAAUUUCCGAGGACGAACUUAUGGACCUUCUCACCACUGGAGCGAGGCUUGUGAAGUCAGCAGAAGUACUUAUGGUCAGUGAGGCUUUCAAAAAUCAUGACUACUUCGCCACACCUCCUGAGUCAUUAACUACGCUUCACUUGGCGGCGUAUUUCGGACUAGAGAAGCUUGUUCGUAAACUUCUUGAAUUUGGAAAAGCAGUAGAUGCUGCAGAUAGUCACGGCAGAACUCCUCUCUCUUAUGCUGCAGAGUUUGGGCAUGCAGCAGCAGCUGAGAUAUUGCUUCAAUACAAAGCUGACCCAUAUUCACCAUGUACCAACAAAAGACAAGCCGGAUGGACGCCACUGUCAUUCGCCGUAGAGAAAGGGUGUUUUCGGGUUACUCAGUUAUUGGUAAAAUGGGGACUCGACUUCAUACAGCUCGAGUUGUUUCGCGCCGCGCACGUGGGCCGCAAGGAUAUCGUCCACCUGUUAUUAGAAAACGGCGCUGCGAUGGAAUACCAGCCCAUGUCAAGAAAUGACUGCCUAGGAACGGCAAUCAUCCUUGCAACACAGGGGGGCCACAAGAACGUUGUCCGACUGUUACUCGAAAACGGCGCAAACCCGGCUGUCCAAGUCAGUGGAUACUUCAAAGGACUUAGCCCUCUGGGCUAUGCUGCAGAACAUAGAGGUCAUGGUAUUUUUGAGCUACUGUGCCAUGCAAGUGAAGAAAAGCCGGAUUUUAUUAAUACUACUAGAUAA